AUGGGGCGUUCAGAAAUAGAGAAAUGCUUGACAUUUGAGAAGGGGCCACUCUUUAAAGGCACCCUUAAAAAGGGGUUUGGCACAACUUUGUUGUUAUAUAGCUCGAGUGAGCUGAAGAAACGUAACCAAAUAAAGAAGAUAACAGCUGCCAUUUCUUCCCGUUUCAUUAAGAACACUUUGGGCAGUGUAGUUAAGUUUAUACAGCAGGAGAGCGAAGCCAGUCUGAUAUUUAAUAAAUUAACAAAAGAUGAAGCACGGUUUAUAAAAAAAUUCUGUACCAUUUUGAAGCAGCAAAUGUUAUUCAACGACCUAUUUUCACCGAUGUGUCGUAAUUUGUUGUGGAAAAUUAAGAACGAAUUGGACAGCAGACAUCAAUUUCAGAUUGUGUCUGACACUACCGUGGAUCGUAUGACAUCAGAAAGGUGUGUGACACUGAAAAAAGUACCGAGGCUAUCAAAUAAAAAGAAAAAAUCGAAAAAAGGAAAUGUUAAUUCAGUUACUAAUGAAAGCAUUGAAAACCUCUUAUCACGUUUAUCAGUCAAACAAGAUGCUAGCAGCAACCAGAAGAACUCAAAAAAUAUAACGUUCGAACCGGAGAAAAAGAUGCCAUUGCAAGAAGUUAAUGACCAGAUGCAGCCAGUCACCAUAGCAAUUGGCUCCAAGGCAGAUGUAGAGAAUGUGGACAAACGUAUAAAGUCACAAAUUGAAGAACAUCCUAAAAAAAUUAAACCCAGUACAACUCCUAACAAAAGUGCGAUAGACGCGAGAAAGUUACCGGAAAGAGAAGCUAAAUUAAUUGAAGGCCUGUCCACUCCUAUCGAAAGCGCUAUAGGGCUUAGAAUGAUGCACGCCAUGGGUUGGGGCGGAGGUGCUCUGGGCGUGCGCGAAGACGGAAUCAAGGAACCUAUAAUGCCCCGAGUCGAUCUUGUCCGCAAAGCUGGAUUCGGUCAUGUGAAAGGGGGAAAUUCGGAAACAUCAAAAAGUAGCAAAGACCGAACUAAACAAACGCCCAGUCAGGCUAGUCGACCAAGUCGCGUCAGGGAAAUCACUGACAGCAUAAAAAGAAGCCUAUCGAUCUAUCCAGACCAAUCGUGUCCCAAAUCUGAAGGCCACAAUACCACAGACGAAGACAUCGUAUCGCUACUCACACCCAGGGAACAGAAGAUAUCGAAGAAGGCAUUGAACAAAUUGAAGAAACGACUCUUUCUGAUGAUAUCUUGCUUGGACCUUUUGGAGGGUAGCAGGGAAUCCGUGAAUAUCGAUUGCAGAAUGCAAAGCAAGAGUAAACGUUACCUGAAGUUGUUGUGUAGGUCCAUAAAUAGGGGGAAGGCCGAAAAGUUCGCGUAUAGUAUAGAAACCUGUGUUUGGCUGGAGAUCUCGCGGUUUAAGGAUCACUGUGUUAUACCUAGCAUUAAAACUAAAAGCUUUACUUUACGUAAAGUGUCCCGCGAUGAUGGCAGUUCAGUCAUUGCAACGCCUGAUCAAAUGUCAGAAGUAGAGAGUAGCGAUAGCGAUGAAGACGACGCCGAUGAGACUUUGUCACGACCAGCAGUAAAUGUCGCACAAAACGGUAGCGUGGAACACAAGGAACGUUCCGUCAAAGAGAAGGCAGCAACAAUAUUCGAGUUUACAAAUAAGAAUGACUCUCAACAAUUCCACGAAAACGAAUAUCCGUCCAAAUUUAAUUUCAGCCUCAAAAUAAACAAUACCAAAAUGACCAGUCCUUCGAAUUCGUGUACGAACGUUAGAAUAACUAGGAAGACAGGCGAAAAGAUGACGGCUCAAAUCGCAAAAAAUGUUCAAAAGUCAAUAGCGAAAGAGCUUAAUCCGAAAUCAUUGCCACGUUUAAAAUGUCACGGCGUUCACGAUGACAGUUUGAUCUACAGUUGCUAUGACGAUAAAAGUUACGAGUUCCUUAAAAAUGUCUUAACCUGUUACCAAAUAGUCAAAUAUGACGUCACUGGAUCACACAUAGUGAGGGUAUCCGCAAAAGUUUUUGGGGGUAGUUGCAAAUCAGUUUUAGCCUUGCUCAAGUUAUAUCACGACGUUGACGUUGGCAGUUGGGAGGUGCAACAGAUUACACAAUACGAUGACCAAAUGACGUUCUCCGCGGUUGUAGAUAAAAACUCCUUCAAAUACAUUUGUGAUAACUAUUUCAGUUUGUCUGCCGGAGUUUGUGAUCUUUUGUUUGAAAUUAUUUCAUAG